AUGUGCAGGCGUCCACAUCCACAGAGGCAUCGCCGCUUCGUGAGCCUGCGCCACGAGGCGGGGCAAAUGUGGCUGGCGGUUGCCCCGCAGGCCGAUCGGCAAGUGCGAGCUGUCAGACGCCGCAUGGAUGGCAAACACCAUCGUCCCUGCCUGACCGAACUUCUCUCACCCACAAAGUCAAAUCCGUCCGCACGAGCUGAGCCCCUCGACCGCAGCUCUACUUUGGGAGAGAGAUCGUUGCCCCACUGCAGCUUCCCCCUCCGCUUCACGCCACACACGAUACCCUGA